ACAGAGACAAUGAUUUGUUUGAAUAAAUAUCAACCAUACUAGAAAAGUCUAGUCUCUGUUGUUGUCUUGUUUCCAUCAAAAAAAGAAAAUCAAAUACACUAGAAAGUUCCAGACUUUAUUGUUAUUAGGGUAUACAAGUGUUCUGUGGUCCCUACAUAUGUUAUGUGCAAUUAAUUCACACCUUACACAUGAGUAUUUAUACAUGUGCAUCUGUGGAGAAUCUUGCCAAUAUGUGUCCCCUAACCACCAAUGAAUUGGAGCUGAUUUUUGAGAAACUAGACAUAAAUAGUGAUGGAAUUUUAACCCUUGAAGAGCUGAAUCAAUUGUUAGUGAGAACGGGUUUCAAGUAUAGCAUAGAGGAGCUUGAAUAUCUAGUGGGAAAGAAGAGUCUAAACUUGAGUGAGUUCUUGUGCUUUUAUGACUCCAUAUUGAAUCACAAAAAUGGUGAUGGUGGUGAUGCUGAGAUUGAAGAGUUAGAAAGUGAUCUUUUGAAGACUUUCAAGGUGUUUGAUUUAGAUGGAGAUGGAUUCAUCACUAGUCAAGAGCUGGAAUGUGUGUUGAAGAGACUUGGCAUGUGGGAUGAAGAAAAGGAUUGUAGAUCAAUGAUUUACUCAUAUGAUAUUAAUUUAGAUGGCAAGCUUGAUUUCAAGGAAUUUAAGAACAUGAUGUUGCUUACACUACAAAGUGUUUAGAAUUUAGGAUAUCAAAAUCAUGGAAAAAAAAUAUUGCCGUUAAAGUUAAGAGUGUAAUAUUUUUGUUAAGGUAUAAUUUUACCUGUAAAAUGUUUGACAUCCAUGAGACCGUCUAUUAGUAUUUUUUUUAUGUUUGUAGAAUAAUGUAAUUAAUAUUACAUCUUUUUGUUAUAUGUGAUAAACAUUAACCGG